AUGGCUGGAUGGGAAGGAUCGGCACAUGACACUAGAAUAUUUCUUGAUGCAAUUCGAGAUCCAAAAUACAAAUUUCCGCACCCUCCAAAUGGAAAAUAUUAUCUUGUUGAUUCUGGAUAUCCUCAAAUGAAAGGUUAUCUUGGACCAUAUAGAGGUCAGCGAUAUCAUUUACCUGACUUCCAUAGAGAUUUUAUGGAAUACGAAGAUAUUAACUCGGCAUAUGAGAUUAAUAUUGAUUCAGAGAAUGCGCAUGGUCGAGAAAGUGAUGAUGACGACGACGACGAUGAUAGUGAUGAUGACGGUGAAUCAAACAAUUUAAAUGGUUUUGAAAUGGAAUUAACAAGAGAUGGUAUAGCUUCUAGUUUAAUGAAUUCACUUUAA